AGCAGUAUAUCUUCCAUUGUAGAAAGCAUUGAUUCCUAUGAGAAGAUGCUGGACUUAUGUGGUGACAAAGGACAGAGUGAGAUAGAUGAAGCACUGAAACGCAGUAAGCCCUCUGAAAUGCCGGAAAAUUUAAUGUGCUUUGAAUGUGGAGAGCCCCUGGUGGAAGGGGAAAAUUUCAAAAGGGGCGGGAGAUGUUUCGCCUCGGCUCCACAAAACUCUUUCAAAUGUAUGAGUUGUGAGGAGGAUGAUAAUUACGGUGACCCGCCCGUGCUAACGGCAGAAGUAGAGCUGGACCGAUCUCUUCCCUUGAAUGAUGAAUCGGUCAACGCCGACUGUGAUGAAGAAAUGAGCUAUGAGCCUCAGGAGAAUGGGAUAGAUGGUGUUGUCGUUAGGUCCAAUCCCACCCACAAUGUGUUUGGCAGUGAUGAGACCAUUGAGCAUUUAAGAGAACGCUUGCAGAGUCAACACGGGGUUUACUUUAUAGGAGAGGGAUAUCACUCUCCCUCAAUAGAUAAAGAAUCUAAU